UAAUACUAAACUGUAUUAUUUAAAUAAUAAUAAUUAUAAUACUAAAAUCAUGUUUUAUCCAUAGAUCACUUUUGAGGACAGCACUCAGCCACAGAUUCAAAUAGCUGCGGCUGAGUGUUCUUGUGUGGCUGGAACUGCUCUCUGCAAUCACAGUGUUGCACUGCUGUACCAGAGCACGAAAUACUCGGCAUUGCAACUGAAAGCAGUUCCGCCAGUCCUCAGCUGCACUGAAACUGAGCAGCAGUGGCAUAAGCCCCGAAAACUGGUUAGUACUUAAGAACUAAGCAGAUUGUUAAUGUUAUAUGGAUUUUUGAAAUUUGAUUGAAACUUUACCCGCUUUCUUGAUAGGGUGUGAAACCUGGCAGAGUGAGUAAUAUGGUAUUUGUCUCAACCAAACCAAAGUCGAGACAGUACACAGCUGCUGAUGGUGUGAGGAGCAAGCGCUACAAAGCAGUGCGGGGGGACUUGCCAGACCCAGAUGUCCUGAAGGUCGACGAGGCAUACCAGGACUUCAUGGCAGACCUUGCACCAUUAAUCACCACGCUCUCCAUAAGUCCUGGUGUCCCCCUCGUCAAUUCCACUUUUGGGAGCGUUCAAGAUGGAAGCCCUAUUUCUUAUCAGCACCCUGUGCCAGUGAGUAGGGUCAUCAUCCACCACCCAGACGCACCCUCUCCACCCCCACUGCCGUUACAUGGUCACAGGCUGGACCCAAGCACAUGUUCCUUUGUGUGCACUCACCAACAACAAUGUAAUGCAAUGGCGCUUACCAUCAAUUUCGACAUGGCAAGAUCCAUUGAGAGGGCCACAAGGGAACAGAGUGGUAGCGCAGAAUGGCACAGCCUGAGGAAGAUGAGGCUCACCUCCUCAAGGUUCCGGGAGGUGUGCCAUGUCAGAGGUCACAGCUCUGCUGAGAACCUUGCCGAACGUAUCCGCAAAGGUGGGGUUCAGACAGCUCUGAUGAAGAGGGGGCUUGCACUGGAGCCAGUAGCUAUUCAGGAGUAUGCCCACAUUAAAAACAUCAGCUACUGGCCAUCAGGAUUUGUCAUCCAUCCAGAUGCUCCCUGGCUCGGUUCUUCUCCAGAUGGGGUCGUUUUUGAUCCCACGGAGGCACCACCAUUUGGGCUGGUGGAGGUGAAGUGUCCUAACGUGAAGAGCUACGUGGACUGCGGGUACCUGCGCAUGCAGAAUGGCGCCCUCCGUCUGAAGCCAAGCCACAGCUACUACUGGCAGGUGCAAGGCCAGCUGCUUAUAACAGGGAUGCAGUGGUGUGAUUUUGUGGUUUUUGCAGAGGAUGAUGUUCUUGUGCAAAGAAUUUAUAAGGAUGCUGAGGUUGCCAGGGUCAUAAGGGAGAGGGGGGAUUAUUUAUUUUUCUAUCAUUUCUUAAUCUGAUCUUUUUUAAAUGAAUGUUUCAUUCAAAGACCAUACCUUUCGAACUGAUUGAAAUGAGUGUAAAACUAUGUGGAUUGUUGAUAUAGGAUCAUUGAAAAAGUGUUGUUCAAUCUUUCCUUAUUAAAUUCUACAUAUUCUAGUGUCAUCUAUGAUGCAUCUGGUUUUCAUUUCAAGUCCUUUAAAACCCAAAGCUAAUGUACAUACAGUGGCAAACACAGUGACAGCAAAUGCAAAACACAAAAUUGGCCUGUCUCAGUUUAAAGCUCACCCACCGCGACAAGGUGCAGACCAUUCGGGUGAGAACACGGGACAAUACAAACAGACGUAACGCAGCACAAAAUAAAACAUUUACUUUAUUUACUAGUUGCC